ACAGCCAUGGAGACAGAGACUACAGGUAUACACAGCCAUGGAGACAGAGACUACAGGUAUACACAGCCAUGGAGACAGAGACUACAGGUAUACACAGCCAUGGAGACAGAGACUACAGGUAUACACAGCCAUGGAGACAGAGACUACAGGUAUACACAGCCAUGGAGACAGAGACUACAGGUAUACACAGCCAUGGAGACAGAGACUACAGGUAUACACAGCCAUGGAGACAGAGACUACAGGUAUACACAGCCAUGGAGACAGAGACUACAGGUAUACACAGCCAUGGAGACAGAGACUACAGGUAUACACAGCCAUGGAGACAGAGACUACAGGUAUACACAGCCAUGGAGACAGAGACUACAGGUAUACACAGCCAUGGAGACAGAGACUACAGGUAUACACAGCCAUGGAGACAGAGACUACAGGUAUACACAGCCAUGGAGACAGAGACUACAGGUAUACACAACACAGCCAUGGAGACAGAGACUACAGGUAUACACAGCACAGCCAUGGAGACAGAGACUACAGGUAUACACAGCACAGCCAUGGAGACAGAGACUACAGGUAUACACAGCCAUGGGGACAGAGACUACAGGUAUACACAACACAGCCAUGGAGACAGAGACUACAGGUAUACACAGCCAUGGAGACAGAGACUACAGGUAUACACAACACAGCCAUGGAGACAGAGACUACAGGUAUACACAACACAGCCAUGGAGACAGAGACUACGGGUAUACACAGCCAUGGAGACAGAGACUACGGGUAUACAGAGACUACAGGUAUACACAACACAGCCAUGGAGACAGAGACUACAGGUAUACACAACACAGCCAUGGAGACAGAGACUACAGGUAUACACAGCCAUGGAGACAGAGACUACAGGUAUACACAACACAGCCAUGGAGACAGAGACUACAGGUAUACACAACACAGCCAUGGAGACAGAGACUACAGGUAUACACAGCCAUGGAGACAGAGACUACAGGUAUACACAGCACAGCCAUGGAGACAGAGACUACGGGUAUACACAGCCAUGGAGACAGAGACUACGGGUAUACACAACACAGCCAUGGAGACAGACUACAGGUAUACACAACACAGCCAUGGAGACAGAGACUACAGGUAUACACAACACAGCCAUGGAGACAGAGACUACAGGUAUACACAGCCAUGGAGACAGAGACUACAGGUAUACACAGCCAUGGAGACAGAGACUACAGGUAUACACAGCCAUGGAGACAGAGACUACAGGUAUACACAGCCAUCCCAGAUUGUGGACUAAUGUUGUCUUUCUCUUUCUCCC